AUGCUGUAUGAGUUAGUGAGCGUAGUCCGUGUUGUUAAUCCGCUGGCGGCCAAUACCGAGGCCAAAGAAUUGGCGACGACAGUUGGAAAGCUAAUCGUUCAAAACAGAGGUGUUGUUAGAAGAAUACUUCCUAUUGGCAACAAACUACUGCCAAAAAUAAUUAAAAAAGACCAGGAACAGCAUUUCCAAGGUUAUCAUUUCCUUAUGUUAUUUGAUUCAUCCGCCGCUGUACAGUCUGAAAUUUUGAGAACGCUGAAGAGAGAUCCUCGUGUCAUCAGAUCAUCUAUUAUUAAAAUGAAUACUUCCAAACAGCUUGACGUUGCCUCUUCCAUCGAGAGAGCAGCAGGCUACAGUUCCAUACUUGAAAAAGUGAAGAAAGACGUCUUCUAG